AGUUGUUUUUAUUGUAUAAGCAGCUCCAGUAACACUAGUUUUAUUUUCAACCGCUGCUUAAAGGCUUAAAGGUCACCUUUUUAGUACUCCAAAUCAAGAUAAAUAUAAAACCAAAUCUUCUUCUAUCGUUAUUGAUCAAAAUAAGUACCUUAGGACCUUAAGUAUGACUACUAAUGAGUUGUUGUUAACGGAACAUUCUAAAGUGCGCCAACAAUGGGGUAAAUCUUCAAAGGAUGUCCUCCAAGAUAUUCAGAUAUUAAGGGAGUGGUGUGAAACUCAAAAACAUUUUCCUGAAAUUCCAGAUGACAACAUGAUAGAGUUUUUUCUUACUAACUGCAAGUAUAGCAUAGAAAAAGCAAAGAAGAAUAUUGAUAUGUAUUACACACUUCCUCCAUUAAUACCGGAGGUAUACGAAAAGAGGAAUCCCAAUUUACCAGGUUACCAGGAAAAUGUUGAGAAAUCUGGAAUGAUAGUGACCAUGCCGAAACUAACAGAAUCUUUACAACGAGUAGCAAUAUAUGCAGUUAAAGAAGACUCUACCCACUUUGACCCCAUGACACUGGUAUCUCAUCUACAAAAUGUGUACGAAAUAAGGAUGCACGUUGAUGUGGUAAUGGGUGAAUUUCUUAUAAUGGAUGCAAGUAAUUUAAAAAUGGGCCACGUGGUCAAAUAUACACCAAUUGUGUUUAAAACAAUGGUUUUGAUUUUGCAAAACAUAAUGAGAAAUAGGAUAACUCAAAUUCAUAUUUUUCAUUAUCCCCCAUAUAUCAAUAUCAUAAUGGCAGUUGCGAAAGGUAUUUUAAAGAAGAAGCUAUAUGACAGGAUAUAUUUACAUGAAAACUUAGAGAGUCUCUACAAACAUAUUUCACCAGAGAUUCUGCCAAAAGAUUAUGGUGGAAAACAAAAGUCAAUGGAGGAACUUAAUGAAUUAUGGAAAGAGGAGUUUGUUAAAUGGUCUGAUAGAUUUGACAAAAAAUCAAAAAUGCGAGUAGAUGAAAGUCUAAGGCCGGAACCACUGGAAAAUUCAGAAAUUUUGGGAUACUAUGGGAAUUUCAAAAAAUUAGACGUGGAUUAAUCCACCGCGUAAUAUUUGUAUUUAAGUAUUUACAAAAUAAGCUUAUCUCGUAGUUAAAACUGAUUAGAACUAAGAUUUAUUUUCAAUAUAAAUAAAUAAUUUUUAAGUAAA